ACACCACCCCUUUAAUGAACAUGUCAAGAGUCUUUCUACCGCUUGUGCCAAUUAUGUUCUUUAACUUUAUACAUACGACUAAAUAAGGCUAGAUUUUUUUUUUCUUCACAAAUGUCAAACCCCACUCGUUUAGGCUUAAGGCAUUGCUUGCUGUCAAUUCACCAUCUGCCGUAAACCGAACACGCACUGCAAUAUUCCAGUUUGUGUUUGAAUUGAACUAUGAGGAUGUGGAUAUUGUUUAUCAAUAUUUUUACAUUUACUGUGUAUUUUGCAGGGAAGUAUUCAGCAUCUGCUCUUCAAGAUGUAACAACUGACUUGUUCGGGUCUGAAAAUCAUGGCACUGUGGCUGCUUUUGGUGAUUUCAACUCGGAUAAACAGACAGAUAUUUUCAUAAUCAGAGAACAAUCUGAGUUGGUGAUAUUCUUGGCUGAUCUGAAAGCCCCAUACUUCAAGCCAAAAGUACAUAUCACUAAAAAGGAUUUGCCUGUCAAUUGUAUCAUAACCGGUGUUGUUCCCGGAGACUACGAUGGAGAUUCUCAGAUGGAUGUGCUUCUUACAGUUCAGCUCAAGACCAAGGCCACCUCAGACACAAUGGUUGUUGUAUUCUGGGGAAACAACCAAACCCUGGAUGAACAAGUUGACCUUAAUAAGACAUUUGUGGACCAACCUCUGAUAAUGGACUUCAAUGGGGACAUGAUUCCAGACAUCUUUGGGGUUUCUGCUGAUUUCUCCACUGAAGUCUGCUAUCUUACUGGAAGGAACGCAGUGUGGCAGCCAGCUCUUAGUUCACCUGUCAAGAUACGUAUUCCUCAUUCCAAUGCUUUCAUCGACCUAAAUAAGGAUUUCACCGCCGAUUUGUUCCUCACAACCCAAGUUGGCAAUGGUCUGGGCUUCGAGACGUGGAUUAAUAAGGAUGGGAACUUCACCAAAACCCAGCCCGGAAGUAUACCAGAAAAUGUCAAGAAAGUUGGCCAGUCUUCUUUUGUCGACUUUAAUGGAGAUGGGUUCCAGGACCACCUUCUUCCAGUGUGUCUGGACGAUGCAUGCCACAGGAGUGCCAUCUACCUUUCUAAGCCCGGGGAACCUGAGUGGGUGCCAGUCCUGACCGAUUUCCAGAGGAGGGAGACUCUCUGGGGCUUUGUGCCCCCCCAGACCACCCCUCCUGCUGGGGAGCUCCACAACCCCAUCGCUCUGCACCUGGGAGACUACAACAUGGACGGCUUCCCUGACGCCCUGGUCAUCCUGCGCAAUACUAGCGGGAGUGGUCAGCAGGCCUUCCUCCUGGAGAAUGUUCCGUGUGACAACGCCAGCUGUAAGGAUGUGGGCCGCAUGUUUCGUGUCCACUGGGACCAGUCUGACCUGGGGGCCAUCCCCGGGGCCGCCGUGGCCACCUUCUUCGACAUCUAUGAGGAUGGAAUAUUGGAUAUGAUCGUGCUCAGCAAAGAGGAGGGGAAAGAGGGCUUCGCUAUCCACGCUUUGAAGAACAACUUUGAAGCCGACGCGUACUUCGUCAAAGUGAUUGUGCUCAGUGGACUCUGUUCUAACGACUGCCCGGGAAACGUCAAGCCGUUUGGUGUGAACCAGCCUGGACCGUACGUUAGCUACACUACUGUGGACUCCAACGGCUACCUGAAGAACGCCUCGGCGGGCCAGCUGAGCCAGUCGGCCCACCUCUCCCUGCAGCUGCCUUACACCGUCCUGGGUCUGGGGCGCAGCGCCAACUUCCUGGACCACCUGUACGUGGGUAUCCCCCGGCCCCUCGAGGACAAGGAUGUGAGGAAGCAGGAGUGGACAGCCAUCAUCCCCAACUCGCAGCUCAUAGUCAUUCCAUACCCACACAACGAGCCCCGCAGUUGGAGUGCGAAAUUAUAUCUGACCCCCAGUAACAUAGUCCUGCUGACCGCCAUCGCUCUGAGCGGAGUGUGUGUGUUCAUCCUGGUCAUCAUUGGCAUCCUCCACUGGCAGGAGAAGAAAGCGGACGACCGGGAGAAGAGACAGGAAGCACACCGGUUCCAUUUUGAUGCCAUGUGAAGGAGCACAGGAAGAGAUGGACCAUGGGAAAAAAGUCAUGCCAGCUUUCUGUUUUAUUUAUUUAUUUAUUUAUGUUUGCUGGUCGAUGGAAUUGUUUAUUUAUUUGAUCCCCUCGGGCUCUUGACGAUGAGCCAUUUAAAGUGUUUAUAUAUCCAUUAGACAUUAUCAAAUGUAAAAGAGACAGACAGGUUACUUCUGGCAUACUUGCACAGUUUUGGCAUACUUGCACAUUUCAAGGGCCAAAAUGAUGGAUGAACCCAAAUCUAAACAGGACUACUGAGUGAAAUUACACUGAGUUAUAUCCCAGUUUACUUUUUUAUUCAAUGGUUUGGCUCAGCUCAUUAUGUAUGGUUGUCAAAUGGGCACUAACAGUUUACGUCAUGAAUUUUGCAAUAAUGUUCCAUCCAAGCCAUCCUGAUCUGCAAAACACAUUACCGAUGUGUUUGUUUUGGGGGAAGCAUUGCUAUUGUAAUGCUACUUGAAUAUUUAUGUCUGUAAACCCAUUGUCUUCCUGGAUGUCAAUCUGCAAAGGUUAUUGUUUUCCGUGUACUGUUAUAGUGAGAUCUUACACAUAGAGUCCACUGACCCAAACAGGGUAUUUACACUGGAUGCAUCCAUUGUGCUCUACUGUAUAUAAUGCACAUAGUACAUGGUCCAUAAUGAGGGGUUACUGUAUGUGUCAAGUUCAUUAUGUAUUUUUCCUCUCCUUUUUUCAAAUUCCCCUCCAAAUCCCUGACACAAUGUCUUAUCCUUGUUUGACCGUUCCCACUCUCCCACUGCCGUCACUCACAGUGGUCUUGGAAUGGCCUGUACUAUGUCCUUAGCUUUUUAGUCUUUCUCACUCUUAAUAAUCGUGUUUGUCUCGCAUGAUAAACACAGUGUGUUUUUGGAGUUACAAACCCUUAUGUGUUCAUUAAAAACGUACAUGAAACUGUGGCGGUCAAUUGAAGAAUGGUCCAUAUACUAUAUAUACUUAAACUACUUCCUCUUACAAGGGGAAAUAGGUUUGUUCUUUAACCAACAGGAAGUGCAAUCAUCAAUAUUAUCACCAAUGUCAAGUUUCUUCUAUUAAUCAUUCUAUUUCAUUUGGAAUUAACUUGGGGCACAUGCUAUCAUCUCAUGUCUGUGGUUUAAAUAAUGAUUGAUAGUGAUCAGUCUAAUUGAUUGUAUUUUUGUGUUUGUGUGUGGAUUGUGCUUAUAAUCGGAAAUGUUCAACUGAAGUAUGAUCAUUUCUGUUGAGAAUGUUUAUGGGACGAUGGGUUGAAAAUUAAAAGUGUUUAUCGUGCUUAA